AUGGUUCCCGUUGUGGAACAAGUUGAUGAACCAACUAUAGAGACAGUUGGAAAAUAUGUUGAGAAAAGACAUGGGGAAGACGAUGUUGUCUCCCCUUCCGUACCAGUGGUUGUUAAAGUUGCUGGUCAAGAUGGUAUUCCUAACAUUGACAAGAAAAAGUACUUGGUUCCUACAGAUCUUAAUGUUGAUCAAUUUGUGUAUGUGGUGAGGAAGAGAAUCAAAUUGAGCCCUGAAAAGGCAAUCUUCAUUUUUGUCAAGAAUAUUCUGUCACCCACAGCUGUUAUGAUGUUUGCGAUUUAUGAGGAAAAUAGUGACGAAGAUGGCUUUCUUUACAUGACUUACAGUGGCGAGAACACCUUUGGGUUGUUUUAGAACUAAAAGGAAGAAGAGAUGA